GAUCGAUGCUGACUUUGGCGGGUGGAUUUUGCUAUGUUAAUGGAGGAAGCUGCCACCCACCAAAUCAACAGGGGGUGUGGAAAUCAGGUUAAAGCGAUCCCGAUUCAGAGGAGGGAAGAGAGGACGACAACAACAACAUGGGAUUAGCCAUCAGACGAGCAAUCAGGAAGACGGUUUAAGUCAAAGCGGCAUUUAAUAGCCCCAGGCUGCAUUUGUGUCUUUCUGGACCCUCGUACAUCAGGCAAGCAGAAAAUUACUCGUUACUCAUGACAGGAGCACAGAGACAAAAAUGGAGAGCGGAGCAUCGCUGGAUAUGAAAGAAGACCAUACGUCAGCACUUAAACAUUUCAAUGGACAAGCCAGAAGGACGGUGUCAAAGAAGAUGAGUUUGACGGAACCAUGGAAAUGGAGCCUUUAGGAUCUCCAACUUUCAGUGCCACACAUGGCCUCCUGCCUUCAGUUCUCCAACCCAGCCAGGAGGACCGACCCAAGUGAGUGAUUUCUGUGUGUGGGCUGAACAAUGACCACCAGAUGAAUGUGAUCAGCUUUGAACCAUCCAGGAAGUUCAUCUCACCGAUGGCAAAUUGCGCCGGGAGCAUACCUUCUAUUCAUCUUCAGAUAUUCUGUAGCUCGGCCAAGCCCAAAUUUGUGGCUAAAUUUUACAUUUGUAGAUGUUUCCCUUUCCCAAGCUCACCAGAAUGCUCCAUCAAAUCAGCGAUUGCAAAGACCAGCACCUGGGCAGUGAGCGCAGCCGUUACCACUGAACCGUGAACUCUUUGUCUAAGCUGUCUCAACCAAAAACAAGGACCACAAUGAAGGUGGGACUAUCGCAGCGCAGUAUAUAAACAAACUCCAAGCUAUGCAAAAGCAGUCAAUGUUGGUUACUGGAUGACAAGCAGAAGGAAGACUUUAGCGGACUACUUAACUUGAGCUGGCCUGGCUGGACGUGGAAGCAAAUAUCAAUCCGAUGUGAAGGUGCUGCCAUGGGGGAGACAGCAGAAUACAAGCGGCUGCAGGAGACUUUAGAAUCUGACUGCCACUGCGCAAGCGAUGAUGAUGAAGAGAAACUGGGCAACAAUAUGGAAUGUGAGGAAGGCACAGACUGGCUGCUGGAGCUGCUGAUAGAAGUCCAGCUGCAGCAGUACUUCCUGCGAAUCAGGGACGACCUCAAUGUCACACGGCUCUCCCAUUUCGACUACGUCAAGAAUGAAGACCUGGAGAAGAUUGGCAUGGGUCGACCUGGGCAGAGAAGACUGUGGGAGGCUGUGAAGAGGCGGAAAGCAAUGUGCAAGCGCAAGUCCUGGAUGAGCAAGGUGUUCAGUGGUAAGCGACCGGAUGGCGGAGACUUUCCCCAGCAGGGCCAGCCUACCUCUUCCUUCCGUAAGCUGUCUUCCACACCUCCGCUGGGCUUAGUGGAGGGGGUCCUGGCCACAUAUCCCGCUGGAGAUGUUCCUCUUGAUGGCCAGCAGCAACAGGCUCUGACCUGCCUCAUCUCAGAGAAGGACCUGACUCUUCUGGAAAAGCUAGGGGAUGGAUCUUUUGGCGUUGUGAAGAGAGGAGAGUGGCUGACUCCUGCAGGAAAGCUGAUGAAUGUAGCUGUGAAGUGCUUAAAGACUGAUGUGCUCAGCCAGCCCGACGCUCUGGAGGAUUUCAUCUGCGAGGUCAACGCCAUGCACUCGCUGGAUCACCAGAACCUCAUUCACCUCUACGGUGUGGUGCUCACACACCCAAUGAAGAUGGUGACUGAGCUGGCGCCGCUCGGUUCUCUGCUGGAUCGCUUGCGCUCCGUCCAUCCGCAAGGCCCCGUGUUGAUCCACACUCUGUGUCAGUAUGCGGUGCAGGUGGCCUGCGGCAUGGCCUAUCUGGAGCAGAGGCGUUUUAUACACAGGGAUCUGGCAGCCAGGAACAUCUUACUGGCAUCAGCUCACAGAGUGAAGAUUGGCGAUUUUGGCCUGAUGAGGGCACUACCCAACAAUCAUGAGCAUUAUAUCAUGCAGGAACACCGCAAGGUUCCCUUUGCAUGGUGCGCCCCUGAGAGUCUGAAGACCAGAACCUUUUCUCAUGCUACUGACACGUGGAUGUUUGGUGUGACUCUAUGGGAAAUGCUCACACAAGGCCAGGAGCCUUGGUUAGGCCUCAAUGGGAGCCAGAUUCUGCAUAAAAUUGAUAAAGAAAAUGAACGCCUUCCUAAGCCAGAGGACUGUCCGCAGGAUAUUUACAACGUCAUGUUGCAGUGCUGGGCACAGAAAUCAGAUGACAGACCUACUUUUAUAGCCCUACGGGAGUUCCUACUUGAGACCAUGCCUACGGAAAUGUGUGCCCUGCACGACUUUGAUGAGCAAGAUAAGCUCCUGAUUCAGACCGAUGAUGUCAUCACAAUCAUUGAGGGGAGAGCCGAGAACUAUUGGUGGCGAGGUCAAAACCAACGCACCCUCAAAGUGGGACAGUUUCCCCGGCACGUGGUGACUUCAGUGGCAGGUUUGUCAGCUCAUGACAUCAGCCGACCACUCAAGAACAGCUUCAUCCACACCGGCCACGGGGAUGCCAACCCUCAUCGCUGCUGGGGCUUCCCUGACAAGAUCGAUGAUUUGUAUCUUGGGAAUCCGAUGGAUCCUCCCGAUGUUCUCGGUUUGGACCUCAGUGCAGCUCGGCCCACUCAGCUACCCGGGCGAGCCAAAAAGGAGCCUCCUCCUCGCCCUCCUCAACCAAGCGUGGUAAUCAAGAGUAAGUCUGCUUUCUCUCAGCAGCUCUUCACCCAUUGCUCCUGCCCUCUCUGUUCCCUUCUAGCUCCACUCUUCAAAGAGCCUUGUUAUGAUGCAGUGUAUCAGGAUGAGGACUUGACAUCUGCCGAAUUGAAGAGACUGUCACUUGGGAAAAUUGGUUCUGUCAAACUUCGACCGACGGCCCGGGUCUCGUCUUCCAAACGGGGCACUGACAAGACUGGGAGAGAAGCGUCCCUCAUUGACUUUGGGGAAGACUUUCCCUCGCCCGCACCCUCCCCGACACCUGCGGUUGAAAUCCCAAGUGUUGUAAAGCUGUUUUUGAAAGCUGAGAAUCUCUUGGACAGAACACCUUCUCAGAGUCCCUCCAAGUCGUUGCCCCGCCCACUUCACCCCACGCCGGUAGUAGACUGGGAUGCACGGCCUUUACCCCCGCCCCCGGCGUAUGACGACGUAGCCCAAGAUGAAGAUGAUAUGGAGGUGAGUUCCAUCAACGGCAUGGAGCAACAGCACAGUAAGGAGCAGAAGAAUGUUCGCAUCCCAGAGGAGGAGCUUCCCUGUGGACAGGAAGCGGGGGGCGUGGCCUGUGUCUUCAGAGUUACAAACAAACCAUGCCUGGAGGAUAACCUCUUUCUACCCAGCAAGCACAGCCAGGGCCCAACUACCUCAUUCUCCCAGUCUGAAGAAAUAUUCCAGGAACUCCAGCAAGAGUGCAUGAGGAGGCUCAACGUCCCGAGUUCAGCCUCAAGCCUGCAGGCACACGCUGAGAAUAAACCCCAGAUUCCCCCUCGUGUCCCUAUUCCCCCUCGGCCAAUUAAAAAGGGCGACUACUCCUCCGCUCGUUGGUCCCGGGACCUCUCUCUAUCCCCGAACCCGGCCGACCUCACCAAUGACAUUUCAAGCUCAGAGCAGGAUCGGCCACCGCAAAUUCCUCCCAGGGAACCUUUGUCGCAGCCUGGCUCCAGGACUCCCAGCCCCAAAAGCCUGGAGGUGGGCUCACCGCAGCAGAGAGUCUACUCUGUCAGCCCCAUCAGCAUACCAGUUGCCCUAACCGCCUGCCCCCCCACACACACCUACAGCUCCUACCUCUCCACCUCUCCAGGUAAAUUCAUGCCUACUACGCACAGCUUUGCUUCGGAUCCCAAAUACACUGCACCCAAAGUGAUCCAGGCACAGGGGAAGGACUUUGUAAACAAGGCCCCCUGCAUCCUCCCCAUAGUCCGUGAUGGACGGAAAGUUAGUAACACUCACUAUUACCUUCUGCCGGAGAGGCCGCCCUACCUUGACAAAUACGACCGCUUCUUCAGGGAGGCCGAGAGCCUGACCGGCAGCACUGCCGAGGACAGACGCGUACGGCAAGCUAACACCGCUACGGUGCGACCGAUGCUGCUCAGCACUUUGCAGGCGCAGGCUCAGGGACAGGGGAUUGCCCCGCUGGGUGAGCUGAAGACUAAUUUCUCCAGCAAUCUUGGAGCACGGACAGGAAUGAAGACAUCAGUUAGCCUCUCUGGUAUUUGUGCUGAGGCUUUGACAACACCAGCGGGCAUCGCUGACUGUCCCAGGACAGACGGAUUGGAAAAUUCAGCUGACAGAGUUAAAGCGGUGCAAGAGGCAGUUCAUGGUGUGACGAUCGAUGAGUGUCAAACUGCCCUCCAGAACCACAAUGGGAACAUUGAGAAAGCUGUGCAUUACCUGAAGGUGGAGCAGUUGUUUUGUUUGGGACUGAGGAGCAGGUCUGAGUGUUUGAAGUUGCUGGAGAUGUGUGACUGGAACCUGGAGGUUGCCGGCACCCAAAUGUUGGAUAACUAUGAAUCUACAACACAACAAAGGCUGUGAGGGAACAUCUCAGGCUUCAGAGCUCUGAUUGGAACUUCCUCCUCAAUAAAACGUCUCUGGACCAUCUUCUGACCCUUCAGACUGUGACUUUAGUAUGAAAAAAAAAAACUAGUUCACUGAAACACAAACCUCAGUUCAAAUGAAAUUGAGGCAUUUUGUAAAAUGUAAACAAAAACAGACUACAAUGAUAACUGAUUUUUUAUUUUUUUAUUUUGUUUUGAUGUACAACUUCAGUUGCGCAACAGUCCAGGCAGGCUCUCGGUCAUAUUUUGUGUUUCAACGUUCAUCAGUUUGAACAUGGAGUAUCUUGUAACAUUUUAAAUAGAAGUUGAAAAGGAUUUGCAAAUCAUUGCAUUCUGUUUUGUUUACAUUUUUACACAACGUCUUAACUUCAGUGGAUUUUAUUGUAUUGCAAAAUUCUAGCUCCUGAAAAAAAAGUCUGUCAUAUUUGGACUGGUCAGAAAUUGCUCCUCUUAUUAAGAAUUUGUAUGAGUCAACAAUCCUACUUUUCAGCCACUGUUAGCUUUGUGUGUCCUGUCAAAUUCUGCUAUUAAUGCUGCAAUUAGUGGAGAGACUGUUUUGUCUCUGGUCUCCCCCCCCCCCCCCACACACACACACAUUGUACAAGAAAUACAUUCAAGUUUUGUGUUUAAUAAAAAAGGCACAGGGAACACUGGCUGCUGAGCUCCUGCACAGGAACGUUCAGUUGACAAAAAAUAUAUAAUAUACCACAUCAACACAAAGAGCCAUUGGUUUCAAUUCCAAA